AAUUCAAUUAUGAAUUAAUAAUCCAUAGAAUUAUUCUUUGACCUAAAGAAAUAUUAUUAAUAUGAAAACACUACAUAUAUAUAAAUUGGAAAAUAUGAUUACAAACCUUUAAUUAAAAUCUGUCAACCUGAAAAUAUGAAGACGGGGAUCGAGAGAAGAUCCCAUGGAAACUCAACCAAUUAGUGUUUCAUUAUCACACUUCCAUUAAUUACAAGAGAACCUGAAUUUGUUCUUUUGAAUUGUCGAGUUCAAGUCUUGGUGAAUAAACAAGUGACAUAGAAGCAAAUUAAAUGUCAUCUUCAAGCUCUCAUUCACCAUGUGCUGCAUGCAAAUUUUUAAGAAGGAAAUGCACUUUAGAGUGUGUAUUUGCACCAUACUUCCCUCCUGAUCAACCACAAAAGUUUGCAUGUGUCCAUAAGGUUUAUGGCGCGAGUAAUGUGGCCAAGAUCCUCAACGAGCUCGCGGUAGCUCACCGUGAGGAAGCUGUGGUCUCCCUAGCCUACGAGGCACAAGCUCGUAUACGUGAUCCAGUCUACGGUUGUGUAGGUUUCAUCUCUGUCCUACACAACCGCCUCAAACAAGUCCAGACCGAGCUUCACUCGGCCAGGAAAGAGCUUGAGGCCUACAUUGGCCCUCAAGCAAUGAUGAUACCAUCCUAUAGCCUCUCCCCAAUGCCACCCAUGUUGGGAAUUCCCACAAAUAUUCCCAAUAUGGGCCGGCAACACCAACAGUUCAUGAUUCAAGAUCCAACCAAUAAUAAUAAUAAUCAUCAUUUGCAACAUCCAAUUUUUGUUGACAACAAUGCUGCUCAUCAACAACAUCAAAUGAGGUUCAACAAUAAUAAUGGCUUUGAUCACAUGGGAGUGACUGCUUCAAUUGGAGACAUAGGAGUUGGCAUUGGCUGCGGGUUUAAUAAUAAUCAAAUGAGCAGUAGUGGCGGCGGUGGUGGUGGCGGCGGCGGUGGUAGUGGCUCUCCUAGUGCUGUUGGUGGUGGUGGUGUUAUGUCUCCUACUUUAAGUCUACAAGGAAGCUUUAAUAAUAACAUUUUCAAUAGUACUACUCAGAUGCAACCACACCAAACAACCGUACUAAAUCACAAUUCUCUUGACUAUCAACUUCAAUCACAGCUCUUGCUCCAAUCUCAACACAAUUCAGAAGCUGAGGAGAGUUGAGCUUAAUUAUAUAGCUAUUUUUUUUUAUAAUGUUUAUACUUAAUUAGUAUUAUUUCUCUGCAAUAUUUUUCAUUCAUUCAUAUUUUUUUUUCAUUUAUUUACAAUUAAUUAUCA